AUGUCAUCAGGUUUGACUUCUUCAGAUUUCCUUCAUCAGAUUUGGGAUGACAUAAUAUGUAAGUCAGUGAUUUACUUGUACAGGCUGAUGAGGGGCCUGUCCUUUUGUACCACCUGCCUGCUGAGUGUCCUCCAGGCUGUCACCCUCAGCCCCAGAAGCUGCUGCUUGACAAAGUUCAAGUGUAGCUCCUCACCUCAGAGCCUCUGCUGCUUUUCCUUCUUGUGGGUCUUUAAUAUGCUCAUCAGUGGUCGCUUCUUGAUCUCUAUUGUUGCCACUCCCAAUAUCACCACACACAGUCUCAUGUUUGUUACUAAGUCCUGCUCUCUUUUGUCUACAAAUUACUUGCUCAGGUAUAUGUAUUUCUCUCUCGUGACCUUCCAGGAUGUCUUCCUUAUAGGACUCAUGGCCCUCUCCAGUGGGUACAUGGUGACCCUCUUGUGCAGGCAUACGAGGCAGUGCCAGCACCUUCACAAUACCAGCCUGUCUCCAAAAGCAUCCCCAGAACAGAGGGCCACAAGAACCAUCCUGCUGCUCAUGGGUCUCUUUGUGAUUAUGUACUUUUGUGACUUUGCUGUCUCCUCCUCUUCUGCAAUGUCAUGGAACAGUGAUCCAGUUCGUUAUUGUGUCCAGAUGCUGGUGGGCAAUGGCUAUGCCACACUGAGUCCUUUGGUGCUAAUCAGCACCAAGAAACAAAUGAUGAGGUUCUUAACAUCCCUGUGGGGCAAGGAUGGCAAAUGCUUAGUUAUUCAGUAG